AUGGAUGGAAAGGAAAGUUACGGACUGGAAGGAGUAUGCGAACAACUCUCGCUUUCCAAGGACCAACUCGAAACAGGUUUCUGCGAAUUCCUCAAUGCCAGUGACGUGGAUUGGGAGGACCUGCAGCACGUUAAACCUCUGGGCUGCCUUGAAAAUAUCACCGAACUCGUUCUCGAUGAACAAAUGGUUCGAUGCCCCGGCGAACGGGACGUCUACCGCGUCCUUCACGAGUACCUGUGGACGUUGAAAGUCAUCGAGACCGGAUUGGACGAAGCAUAUCCGGGGGACGCGGAGACCCUCAAGUACAUCCUUGAUUCGUGUUUUCCCCUCAAUUCGGCCGUUUACGAGUUCUUCCAAGCUGUCGGUGGAAGCGAAGGCAACGAACUGGAAUGCGAUUUGAAUGAUUGGAUGGCAGAGUGCGAAUUCCAGUGUCCAGGCUUUCAGCCUCACCCUUCCGACUCUGAUAAGGCAACAUCCUCUCCAUUUCUUCGCGAAGCAUCUUUGGAUCAAGUGCUUGAAAAUCUGGAAUGCCUACGAUGGCAUGGGGCCCAAGUGACUACUAAUGGCAUUGACCUUCAGCGUCGACGCCGGGCGCUGUCCUCCUCCACGCACAUCCGCACUUGUUCGACUGCUUAUCCAACCCGAGCAGUGACCAAGGUGUCCGUUGAGCAAUCAUGUGUUAAUUUCUCCCCACAUUGUCCCCCGAGGGAUCCAACGUUUGGAGAUGCCGUCCACACCCAUCACUCCUAUCACGUGGGUGUUAUGGAUGGAAAGGAAAGUUACGGACUGGAAGGAGUAUGCGAACAACUCUCGCUUUCCAAGGACCAACUCGAAACAGGUUUCUGCGAAUUCCUCAAUGCCAGUGACGUGGAUUGGGAGGACCUGCAGCACGUUAAACCUCUGGGCUGCCUUGAAAAUAUCACCGAACUCGUUCUCGAUGAACAAAUGGUUCGAUGCCCCGGCGAACGGGACGUCUACCGCGUCCUUCACGAGUACCUGUGGACGUUGAAAGUCAUCGAGACCGGAUUGGACGAAGCAUAUCCGGGGGACGCGGAGACCCUCAAGUACAUCCUUGAUUCGUGUUUUCCCCUCAAUUCGGCCGUUUACGAGUUCUUCCAAGCUGUCGGUGGAAGCGAAGGCAACGAACUGGAAUGCGAUUUGAAUGAUUGGAUGGCAGAGUGCGAAUUCCAGUGUCCAGGCUUUCAGCCUCACCCUUCCGACUCUGAUAAAGCAACAUCCUCUCCAAUUCUUCGCGAAGCCUCUUCGGAUCAAGUGCUUGAAAAUCUGGAAUGCCUACGAUGGCAUGGGGCCCAAGUGACUACUAAUGGCAUUGACCUUCAGCGGCAUCGCGCGACGAUCGAAGAGGCGAGAAUGGAAGCGUGCGGGGCCGUCGGGAAGCGGAUCGCCAUGGCCAUCCCCGUCCUGUUGGGCGUCGCCAUCUACCUCCACAAGGAGGACCCUUCGUACUUGGCCGUCCUUUAUCGCAUCCCCGGCAUGGAGCAACUCGCCAGGUUCUGGGCAGGGGGCGAGGAGACGUGGGAGAAGUCGCCGGGGGGGCCGCCGCCGGCUGGACGGGGGCAGCAGUGGGCGGAUGGAGAGGGCGGAGACGGCUACCUCAGAGACCUCCUUUUCGCCCCGGAGGAGCUGGCGAAGUACAACGGAAGGAAGAAGAAGGAGCUCUAUCUGGCCAUUCUCGGACGGGUUUAUGACGUCUCUUCCGCCCGCAAUUAUUACGGCAAAGGCGGGUUCUACGAGCCCUUCACUGGGCGUGACGCGUCCCGGGCGUUCCUGACCGGAGACUUUUCCGAAGGCGGCCUCACGGACGAGGUGUCCGGCCUCACGGACGAAGACUACCGGGCUCUCGACGAGCAGGCCGACUUCUACGACAGCAAAUAUAAAUACGUCGGUGAGUAUCUGCUUUUCCCUUCAUCAUGA